AUGAAAAACCCGUCUUUCAAGAAACAUAAAUCCUCCAACGGCCGGCCAUCCCAAGGACAGGAUGUCCUCGACUACACCUCCAAGCCGUCGGCCGUGUUUACUCCGACCGGGGGCCGGUCGCAUACGCUGACCGUUGCGCUGCCGGGCAGCAUUAUUGCCAACGCGCAAUCUCCCGAGCAAAAGACCCUCUUGGCGGGCGCCAUCGCACGCGCACUGGCCGUGUUCUGCGUCGACGAGGUAGUCAUCUUCGAGGAUGACGAGAACCACACAUCGAGCGACGACGACGGCUACGGGUACGACAACCCCGACGACGCCAGCUAUGGCAUGAACCACACCGGCCACCGCAGCGGGUACACGGCCUACUCGGACCCGUCGCAUUUCCUGGCGCAUCUGCUGUCGUACCUCGAGACGCCGCCGUAUCUGCGCAAGCAUCUGUUCCCGAUGCAUCCGAACUUGCGCACUGCGGGUCUGCUGCCCAGUCUGGAUAUGCCGCACCACCUGCGCGCCAACGAGUGGUGCGACUACCGCGAGGGGAUUGUCGUCUCGCCCGCCGAGCACGCAAGCCGACAGCAACACCACCAGUACCAGCAGCAGCAGCAGCAGCAACAGCCCCGCAAGCAGAAUAAGAAAAACGGCAACAACAAACGUCCCCACGAUGACGACAACGGCGACGAAGGCAAUGAUGACCCGGCCGUCGUCGUCGACACAGGUCUCUCCCAAAAAGUCACCGUCCCACACCUCGACCUCCCCCCACGCUCCCGCGUCACCGUCCGCCUCCCGCAAGACGGCACCCCAACCGCCGAGCCCGUGCACCCGUCCGCGCCGCGCGCAGAAGCCGGCUACUACUGGGGCUACUAUGUGCGCCGGUGCCGGUCGUUGUCGGCCGUCUUCACCGAAUGUCCCUUCGACGGCGGCUACGAUCUUUCUUUCGGCACCUCUGAGCGCGGCGACCCCGUCCACCGCGUUCUGGCUGAUGAUUCCCCUUCCUUGCCGCAGUAUAACCAUCUGCUUGUGGUGUUUGGUGGUGUCGCUGGUAUCGAGGCUGCGAUCCGGAAUGACCCCCACCUCCAGGAAAUGGAGAUCCGGCCUACGGAGGCCGAGAAGUUGUUUGAUUACUGGGUUAAUGUCUUGCCAGGUCAGGGGAGUCGUACUAUUCGGACGGAGGAGGCUGUGUGGUUGGGGUUGACGAGUUUGCGUGGAUUGGUUCAGAGGCAGUAG